AUGGUGCGAUGGUGCGAUGCACUGGUUGGCGAGCCGCGAGAAAGCCUGAAGGAGAAGGCGAAGGAGCCCGAAAAGGGGGACAAGGCGGAUGCGGACGCGGAGCUCACGGUGGAGCUCUUCCGGGCCAUCAUGAAGGACGACGCCCAGCAGGUGCGGGCACUUGCAGCUACGGGCCUGGACAUACGAGCAGCUCGCAACAAGUCAUCGCAGAGUGCACUGGAUCUUGCCAAAGAGCGAGGGAAAGUCAAAUGCCAAGAGUGCUUGGAAGAUCUCUUGAAGGACGUGGUUCCUGACAAAAGAAAUUCCCAACUAGAAAAAUCAGAGGACACACCACCUGAAGAACAUUCGACGCCCGUAGAACUAGCUACGAAAAAACACCAGCAGUCAGAAAAGCCUGCCGAUGAACCAGAGCAAGCAGAAAAGCCUGCAGAUGCAGCAGAACCAGAGCAGGCAGAAAAACCCGACGAAGCAGCAGAACCAGAGCAAGCAGAAAAGCCUGCAGAUGCAGCAGAACCAGAGCAAGCAGAAAAGCCUGCAGAUGCAGCAGAACCAGAGCAGGCAGAAAAACCCGACGAAGCAGCGGAACCAGAGCAAGCAGAAAAGCCUGCAGAUGCAGCAGAACCAGAGCAAGCAGAAAAGCCUGCAGAUGCAGCAGAACCAGAGCAGGCAGAAAAACCCGACGAAGCAGCAGAACCAGAGCAAGCAGAAAAGCCUGCAGAUGCAGCAGAACCAGAGCAAGCAGAAAAGCCUGCAGAUGCAGCAGAACCAGAACAGGCAGAAAAGCCUGCAGAUGCAGCAGAACCAGAGCAGGCAGAAAAACCCGACGAAGCAGCAGAACCAGAGCAAGCAGAAAAGCCUGCAGAUGCAGCAGAACCAGAGCAGGCAGAAAAACCCGACGAAGCAGCAGAACCAGAGCAAGCAGAAAAGCCUGCAGAUGCAGCAGAACCAGAGCAAGCAGAAAAACCCGACGAAGCAGCAGAACCAGAGCAAGCAGAAAAGCCUGCAGAUGCAGCAGAAGCAGAGCAGGCAGAAAAACCCGACGAAGCAGCAGAACCAGAGCAAGCAGAAAAGCCUGCAGAUGCAGCAGAACCAGAGCAGGCAGAAAAACCCGACGAAGCAGCAGAACCAGAGCAAGCAGAAAAGACUGCAGAUGCAGCUGAACCAGAGCAGGCAGAAAAACCCGACGAAGCAGCAGAACCAGAGCAAGCAGAAAAGCCUGCAGAUGCAGCAGAACCAGAGCAAGCAGAAAAGCCCGACGAAGCAGCAGCAGAACCAGAGCAAGCAGAAAAGCUUGCCGAUGAAGCAGAACCAGAGCAGGCAGAAAAACCCGACGAAGCAGCAGAACCAGAGCAAGCAGAAAAGCCUGCAGAUGCAGCAGAACCAGAGCAAGCAGAAAAGCCUGCAGAUGCAGCAGAACCAGAGCAGGCAGAAAAACCCGACGAAGCAGCAGAACCAGAGCAAGCAGAAAAGCCUGCAGAUGCAGCAGAACCAGAGCAGGCAGAAAAGCCCGACGAAGCAGCAGCAAAACCAGAGCAAGCAGAAAAGCCUGCAGAUGCAGCAGAACCAGAGCAGGCAGAAAAGCCAGACGAAGCAGCAGCAAAACCAGAGCAAGCAGAAAAGCCCGACGAAGCAGCAGCAGAACCAGAGCAAGCAGAAAAGCCUGCAGAUGCAGCAGAACCAGAGCAAGCAGAAAAGCUUGCUGAUGCAGCAGAACCAGAGCAGGCAGAAAAACCCGACGAAGCAGCAGAACCAGAGCAAGCAGAAAAGCCUGCAGAUGCAGCAGAACCAGAGCAAGCAGAAAAGCCCGACGAUGCAGCAGAACCAGAGCAAGCAGAAAAGCCCGCGAUGCAGCAGAACCAGAGCAGGCAGAAAAACCCGACGAAGCAGCAGAACCAGAGCAAGCAGAAAAGCCUGCAGAUGCAGCAGAACCAGAGCAAGCAGAAAAGCUUGCUGAUGCAGCAGAACCAGAGCAGGCAGAAAAACCCGACGAUGCAGCAGAACCAGAGCAAGCAGAAAAGCCUGCAGAUGCAGCAGAACCAGAGCAGGCAGAAAAACCCGACGAAGCAGCAGAACCAGAGCAAGCAGAAAAGCCUGCAGAUGCAGCAGAACCAGAGCAAGCAGAAAAGCCUGCUGAUGCAGCAGAACCAGAGCAGGCAGAAAAACCCGACGAUGCAGCAGAACCAGAGCAGGCAGAAAAGCCCGACGAAGCAGCAGCAGAACCAGAGCAAGCAGAAAAGCCUGCAGAUGCAGCAGAACCAGAGCAAGCAGGAAAAGCAGACGAUGUGGCAGGAGAACAAAUUCAAACUGACAAGAAAGAAGAGGAUUCCUUCCAUCCUCCACCACGAGCGAGUGGGGGAGAUGUCGUUCAGGAUCAAGACGAAGAGGAAGAAGAGGAAGAGGAGGAAGAAGAAGAAGACAUAGAAGUCCAUGCAAGCCCUGAAUUAGGCUUGAGACGGCGGUCCACCCCACCGGAUCCUUGGAGGUUAGCUCUUCGGUGGAUUUGUGCAGUGAUCAAGGAUCGCCUUGAGGUACCACUACCGGUUGCCCACGCCAAACGAGUCAGGGCUCUUCUUCCGCUAGGCGGCCUGGAUCCCGAGAAGUUGAAAGUGGAUGACCUGUCGGACGGGCAAGUCUUGUGUGCUCUCAUCAUUGCAGUUAAACCAGAGAUUUUGCCAAAGGCAAAUCCAGUUGCUCUGGGACGAAUCAGUCAAUUCCUCAAGGCAUGCGGUGCCCUCGGUGUGAAGCAGGUGCAGCUGUUUUCGCCACCUGAUCUCACGCCAGCGCCCCCCAGAAGCCCCGCUGCAGUGUUGCGCUGUUUACAGGGCCUGGCUGCAGCUCUACAGGCCUAGAACUGAUUCCGAAUCCGUUGAUCUGUUGGACGUCAGUGAAAACGACACAACAGUCUCACAACAGUG